ACAAAGAGUAUAAUGAUGUAAGAACUGGUUUUUUUUUAAAUUCCAAGUAUUUUAAACUUCCUGAUUUAUUUUCAGUAGACAUACCAGCGCUUUAAAAUGUCUCCCUUGUCUCUGGCAAUUUUAUGAUGGGCCCCAUCUUAAAUUUGGUAAUUUCUUUUGGAAUAUUACUGGGCGGCUUCAGUGGACAAAUCGCGGGAUAUAAUUAUGACAUAGGUUAUGAAUACCAGUAUGACUACAAAGCGGAGUCCCAUGUUCUGGGAGACUUCCGAGUUCUAACCAUCGUGAAGUUCCGUGUAAGACCAUUGGAGAAAUGGAACGAUUCGCUAAUCUGUCAGCUCCAUGUGGAUAGUUUUACCCAAUCUGCCAAAGGAAAAACUAGAACUAAUCCAGUAGAAUGGGAUUUCAAUAACGGGUUCGAGUUUUCUAUAUCCGAGGAUGGCCUGAUUAAAGAAAUAGCACAUCAUCAUGAAGAAAAAAGCGAUGUCAUCAGUCUGAAAAAAGUCCUGACCAGCGUUCUCUCUGCAAAAGGGAACUUCAAGUUUGGUCAGAGGAAUAAUCUGAAAUUCAACAACUGGGAACAUGACCAUUCAGGUUAUCUCCAACACCAGUACACCAUACAAAGCACGACGUCUGGUUACAGAGUGUAUAAAGUUCACGAAAGCACUGACAAAGUCUACAGAAAACACGCUAAGACUUUGCAUUAUAGCCACAAUGGAGUCAUUGAAUUCGUCAAAGCAGACGACAACGUAAUUCUUCAGAAUAAAAACAAACACAAACCUCCGGAAGAAAGACAUUUUGUACCUGGUGAAAAAGAAAUAGAAGAAGAAGAAAGUGGCGAUGUUAAAGAUAUUAAAUCAAACACAGCAACAGAAGUACGGCUUGUCAGAAAAACAAAAUUGAGCAAAGUUGAUUCAACAUCACCCUUGGACAAGUACUUGAAAGUGAAAGACAGCAUUGUGGUUCUGAAGGAAAAAACUGAAAAGACUGUUUUGAAGGAAGUUGGCGAAGACAUUGAAUCAAAUGUUAUUUGCAUUCAGACCAACAAGGACGAUGUCAACAGAAAUAGAAUGGAUUGCUUUGCAAGACUUGUACAGAUCUUGAGUCGUCUUCAGAAAGCUGAUUACGAAAAACUGGCCACUCGCGAGUUAUCAAACCAAUGCGAAUUAAAUGACACAUCAUGCACCAGUAGAAGAAAUGUAUUCAUUGAUCUUUUAAUGAAAGAUGGACAAAACUUCACAGAAGAGCUGAUCAUUCGACAUUUUUUCAAAAACAAAGAUGUCAACGAAACGGACCUUUAUCGAAUAUUUUUCCAUGUGCCAAAUAUGCAAAAAGCUUCAUUGGCUUUUCUCGAGGCUAUUGAGGAGCUCUGUCUCGGUCCAAAUCAUACAAAUAUAGGAAUGAUUGCCAUGACCCAAAUCCAUAAACAUGCUUGUUUGGCACUUGGAACAAUGAUAAAAACAUUCAGAAAUAUGUCUCAGUACAGUGGAAAGACAGAUCAUCUGCUGGAUUCUCUACAAAAGUGGUUAACUCCACAUAACCAAACAAACUACAACGAAAUAAAGCAAAAUAAAAGAUCGCGUCGUUCAGUGGACGGGUUUGAUCGAGAGGUUCACAACUAUACUUACUCCAAAAUGGUAUUAAUCCAUGCUUUGGGAAACACGGGAGGCUCCAGAGACAAUAUCUUGACGUAUAUGAAGCCUGGGGAAGGUGAUAACAGUUGGAGAAGAGCGGCUAUUUUAGGAAUGAGGCACUUUGAUUGCCUAGAGAGUUCCAUCGCUUUGCUUGACUUGGCCGUCAACGAUGGGCAUUCCCUAGUAAGACAACAAGCUAUGGAAUUUUUCGAAAAGCACCCUUUAUCAAAAAGAAGCAUUCCACAGCAUCGAGAUAUCGUUUUAAGCCGAAAUUAUACUUACCACACCUUGAUGCGUUUAAAAAGAGGCAUUUUAGAUGUGAAGUUCAAGGACGGUUUCUUUUUCGCUAUGAAACUUCCGGGUAUACAGUGGACUAAACAGAUGGGAAACAGUGCGCUAGGAUCAGCCAUUGGACUGAUUCUGACAAACGAACUAGAAAUAGAAAUAAAACCUCUUAGUGGACACGUCAUGCUUAAUGUCUACGACGAUGCUUACGCCAAGGUAACGUUGGGUUGGUUUGGAGUGGAAAAGUACCUCUUUCGUGCGCAUGCUUGCUACAGAGGACACGCUGGAUAUGAUAUCAACAUUCUUAAGGAUUUUGGGAUAAAUGGCAUCCAAGAUAUAGUCAUGAUAUUCGACAGAAUCGUCAAGACGGUUGUUGAUCCGAUAAAGGAUGCUAUUCAGGCGUUUAAGGACAUUAUUCAAUUGUUUGAUAAAGGCAUUGAGUUCAUCAUCAACAAAAUCAUCGAAUUGGUGAAAAACUUUCCACUGAUUUUGGAGGAUAUCGUAAACAACGUAAUCAAAGCUGUACUAAAGGUAAUCGAUUAUGGAGGUGUCCCUUGGAUUGACCAGAUAAAGAAAAUCAUCAUUAAAGCACGAUACUUUGUUGAAGAUGUCAAAGAGGAUCUCACGGAAUUUUACAGUACCAUUGCAGACGCCAUUACAGUAACUCUGCCGUAUGUAGCGAAGAAGUUGUUUGAUUCGGUAGCAACAAUAAUUUCAGCCGUAAAGAACUUUCUAUCAAAUCCUGUACAGUCUGCAACGAUUUUUGGGAAAUCUGUCCUAGAUAUAAAGCUUGCUAUCGGAAUGUUUUUGGACGUAAAAAAUAAAGCGGUAGAAACUCUAUCGUUUCUGAAAGGUGGAACUCCAUUUUGGAUUGACUAUUGGGAGGAUUUCAAAGAGAUUCUAGAAGACGUCAAAGACUUGUUCCAACUUCUUUUCGAUAAAAAAGAAACUAAAUCCAGUGAGGAAUUUGAGGAUGAAUUUUCGACGGCACUUACUGAUGGCAUUUCAAUGGCGAGAGAAGAAACUAAUAUAUUCAUCGAGGCUAUUCAGAAAUCAUUCGGGGACUUGACUACCCAGUUUAAGGACACACUAAACGAUCUAGUGUCACCAUUUUUCAAUGCUUUCAAUUCAGUUCUGAAAGCAGUCAAAGCAAUCAAGUCUGGAUACACCACAGUUAGAGACGUGUUUAUAAAGACGAAGAAUAUCAUACAAAAAGUAUUUGGUUCAAAAUUCCAUGUAACAUUUCCCAAACGGCGAAGAAAUGAAGAUUCGACUUGUGGGAUUGGUGUUUGGCCUACGGACACGAACGGAAGGUACCAAACACUGGGUGUUGAUGUCCGCAUUUCUUACCUCUCUGAUAUUCCAUGUCCAGUGAAUGGCGAAGUAUUCAGAGAAAAUAACAGAGUUCGGAUCUUGCCCACAGAUGAUGAUUUCAUCGAAUUCGAAAUAAUCAUAGAAAAUAUUAUUCCCGACUCUUCAAUCUCAACAAGUGGCCAAUUUCUGAUAGCGGGCAAAGAUGUCAUCGGAAAAGCUGGUAAAUCACCAUGCGACUACAACAGUAUCCAUGUAUCUGUUCGCAAACGAUCAUCAAUUCAGACAGCAGAUUCUGAGUACAAAUAUAUAGACCCAUCGCCCUUUUUGGAUCAUCUGCUUCCGAAACCAGAGUGGAUCUGGGAAUGCAAAGACUACACUUAUAUAAAUUUCUUCAGUGUUAUCUCAGCUGAUGCUGUUAAAGAGGGAUUGGAUACGCUAGAGGAAGAAAUAGGAAGAGCGCACAUUGAAGGAAGUGACGAUCUCAGUAACGGAUUUCCGCCCGUUGAACCUAACUAUCGCCCCCCUGAGUUUGAUGUCGCUCUUCCAACCGAUCCUGUUGCUGUUGGUGCGUGGAAUAGUUUCAAAGAAGGAUUUAAGGGUUUAGUUUCAAACUUCAAAGACAUAGCGAAACAACUUUUCGACUUUUCAGGCAACAGGACAGGGCCUAAUCUCCUCGAUCUCGUGGAUGUGAAUAAAUAUACACUCGGUAGGAUAAAAGAAUUGCUAGGAGAAAAAGUUGGAGCGGAGAUGCAAGUAGUUUUUGAUAAACUUGUGCAACUUCGUUCUGCAGUUUCCGCUCAGAAUCUUGAUGGGUUGUCAAUUUCAAGGCUCCGGAGUUUACUGACAGCAUCGUUCAGCACUGUAUCUGGAUCAAAGUCAAAUAUGAUAUCCAGAAUUCUGUCUAAAACAGAAAAAGAUUGCCAAAUGUUUCUAAAUAGACUUCCUAAAGGCCCUGGUAAUAUUUGUUUCGUACAUCAUAGCUGCAAUGAGAUUUCUUGUGCAGUUUUGCUGUCUUACGCCAAUCACAGAAUUAUGGCCACUGUUGAUGUCAAAUUGGAUGGUUGUUUAAAACAAAUAACAAUUACAGCACAGUCAACACCAGUCGUGUUAAAUUUUCAAGACGGCGAAGAAACAGAAGAGCGAGUGUUGUUAUCCAGCGUGACGUCAUUGUUGACUGCCAGCCUUGUUGUCUCGAUCUCUUUUGACUGGACCACCCCGGUGAUAUCCCUUUCUGCAGAGCUAUGUGCGCUUGAUUACAUCACGUGUCUACACACUGUACCUGUGUUGCUGAACUACGAACUUGAUACCACUUGUUCUUCAGAUGCUGGUAGUAACAAUGUUUUGCCCACUAUGGAUAGCAUUACGGUGGAAGACUUCAUAGCAGAGCUUUCUGAUCAUCAUCUACUUGAUCGUGAUAUUUUAAACGUUCUGGACACCAUCAGGGAAGCCAUGAUGGACGAGUUAAUCAACGACCCCAGGACUCUCCUGAAAAUAAUGGGGAAAGAGUUCCAGUCAAAAAUAGACUUCUGUGCUGAUGCUGAUAUUCCAUUUCCUGUUAAAGAUUUUGUUUUUGUCGAUAGCGAUAACUUUCCUCCAGUUUUCAUAAUGGUUGGCCCUGUUCCAAUAUUUUUUGAGUUUGGGGCUGCAGCUUCAGUCGGUCUUAAAAUAGAAGUUGGACUUUGCAUACUGAGUUUCAAAGCAAAGGGCACCCUUAUACCCUGGGCGGGAGCGAAAGCUUGGGGAGGAGCUUAUGUGCAAUUCUUCUUUUUCAAAGCCGGAAUAAGACUGACUGGAUAUUUACUAGAGACAAGGUUUCCAAUUAAAGCAGAGAUAACGUAUAAUAGAUUUCCUUUGGAUGUGAGAGGAAGCUUGGAUCUUAUCCUUAACCCAGUUCGACUGAAAUUGGAAGCGUACUGCAUAUUUGAAUUCAAAAUAUGUUUUUGGAAAUGCUUUAAAAUCACCAUUACAAUUUUCCGAGGCACACUUUGGACAUAUUCUACCACACCUAUAUCGGCUAAUAUUUUCACAAAUAUAAAGGAUGAAAAAGAUACCUCUCCUCCGGAGUUUUCAUCACCUGGUUUAACUGGUCCGGGAAGUCGUCGAAAACGGGAAACAACGAAUGAGUGUAUCAUCAAACAGGUUCCUGGACGAAAUCACAAGGACCCGGCAUAUGAGUUACAAAUCGCUGCAGACGAUGACAAAAGCAACUUGAAAUUGUUUUACGCUAUUGGUACUCAACAAGGCGGUACCAAUGUUGUAGAUUUUACAGAAAUGGGUGGGUUUUCGGUGCUAGUUGCGACAAAUGAUUUUCCGAACGCUGUGCCCUUGUUCUGGACAGUAAAAGCAGUCAACAGCCAAGGCACAGAUUCCAGGGUGUAUUGUUUGCUGAAUACGUACGACAACACUUUACCAGAUGGGCGUGUAGACCCCUCCUAUAUAUAUAGCGCGCAUCCAAAUGUUAUAUCAGGUACCAUUAAUGUAUUCGAGGAUUCUGAAUUGAGGCAAAUCCACCGCCAAGCUCUGGGGUAUAGCUCUGGAAUGUAUGGUAGCGAAAUCGUACCCUGGAAAAAUCUCUCAUUAGAUUCAACGACACACAGACCAGGAAUAUCAAAUGAUUUAAAACAUUUCAGUGUCCCCAAAGAUGGCAGGCUUACAAACACGCCAUUUGCAAAACAUAUUACACAUACGCCAGAAGACUGUGCAACAGAAUGUAUCAAAUCAGGCAAGAGGUGUAUUUCGUUUGAUUACGCAUAUUUUACAGAAUCCUGUGAAUUGCAGAGUGUUGUAGAAGGUCCUAGUGCAAAGUUAAGAAUCAGUGGUACAUACAUGAAUUACGAGAGACUUGGAGUUGGAUACAACUCAUUUGAAAGAUAUGAGAGUCUUCCCCUGGAACAUGGUCAUGUCUAUUUCAUUAACGUUAGAAUAACCAAUGUACUUGGAUACAUUGGAUACCUUCAUUCUUACGGGACGAUGGUUGACUUCUCUCCACCAAGCACUGGACCGCUAGGCAUAGACUUCGUAGAAAAAUAUUCAGCAGAUGGCUGCAGUGCAUCGGUAGCACAACGCUGUGUCGAAGUCACAUGGAAGGAAAACCACAGACACAUAAUUGAUGGUAAAGAUGCAUCAACAGUGUUCAAUGGACAUACGCCUCUAGUGGAUAAACUAUAUUCCAGGUCUAAUCACUAUAUAUCAGUCAAUUUUGAUGGCUUCCAUGAUGAUGAAACUGGAAUUUAUCAAUAUACAUGGGCUGUUGGAAAAUCUGUUUGUGAUCAAGACGUGGUGAAUUUUUCGGAUCCCCACAAGUAUCUACACAGUUCGAAGCACUGGACAAACAGUGGAUUUCAGAAAAACCUUUAUCUAAAAGAUGGAAAAUACUUCCUGACUGUUCAGUGCCUUAAUAAUGUGGUGUUUGGGGGUUCCUUGGUGACAACUGUAUGUCAUAACAUUCCCCUGACUGUAGAUACUACACCUCCAUUCUUUGAUGGUGUCGAUCAAAUAUACUUCGAUGAACACUUCGACAUGCUAGGACUUUAUUACAAAGCUGGCGACAAUGAGUCUUCCCUCAGCAGUGUGGACUUUGGACUGGGGAAAACGAAGUACGAUGUUCUUGUCAGGAGAUACUCUUAUCACAUGCCGAUGAACGGAGAUGAUGAUCCAUACAUUGUCAUAGAAGAACUAGAUUUAGAGGAGGGUGUCCCGGCCUGGCCAAGAGUGCGAGUAGCUAAUGGAGUGGGUUUGUUUAAAGCAGGUAACGGCCCUGAGCCCAUUUUGAUCGACAGAUCGCCACCUGUGGCGGGAACAGUAUUAGACGGUCACAUUGUACAUCAUGACUUGACGUAUCAAGCUAGUGACAAGGAGAUCUGUGCUCAGUGGACGGGGUUCUAUGAUCCAGAGUCGGGCAUUGAUCAAUUUCGAUGGGGUAUUGGCACUGCUCCAGGAGGAGAAAAUAUAAUGGCAUUUCGUAAUUUCUCACAUAAUACAAGACAUGUAUGUGCUAAACUCUCUCUUCAACAUAAUACAAAGUAUUAUUCCACUGUGAUCGUCUUUAACGGAGCCCUGAAUUCAAAGGAUUCCAAUAGCACUUCAAACGGAGUGAUAGUGGAUACAACACCACCAGUUCCAGGCUACGCGGUUGAUGGAUCUGAUUUGUCUAAGGAUAUAUCUUUUUCAUCAGAAACAGCAACUAAACAUGUUACCUGGGAUAACUUUACCGACCCAGAGUCUGGCAUCGAGAAGUACUUCGUGUCGGUAUAUAUAAAUGAUGCUAAGACAAAGACAUUUGAUCCCACAAAAGAAACAACAUUUAUAGAUCACUCAGUCGGUAUGGAUCACAUGGAUGUAGUAUAUUUUGAAGUUGAGAGCUUCAACAGAGCAGGUCUUUCAGUAUCUGUAAGGACGGACGGAUAUCUAAUCGACCACACUCCCCCGACUUUGAUUACUAUUGAAGACAACCUUUACGGAAAAAGAUACCAAACCGAUGACAAUCUUUUGCAGCUAAGAUGGCAAUUUCGCGACAGUGAAUCUAGUAUUAAGGAAUACCGCUAUGCUGUAUUUGAGCAUUUACACGGACUUAAGACGCGUAUUUGGCCGAAGAUAGACAAGUACCUUACCAUAAUACCAAAGUCAAAAUCGGAACCUUUAGAACUAGAUUUCGAUAAGCAACAUCUCACGACUGGUGCCAAAUACUCAGUUCAUGUGACUGCAAUUAAUCAAGCACAUCUGUCCACGGCUCAUGAAUCAGAGGGUGUGACUAUUGAUCCAACUCCUCCCAUUAUUUUCAAGGUACAUGUAGGAUUGCUAGAUGAAGAAGAGGAAAUUGAAGAUGGGUAUGUGCAGCAUGCCAAUUCACAAUCAAUCAGGGUGAGUUGGAUUGGUGAGGAUCCAGAGAGUCAUAUCCGUAAGUUCUACGUUGCUAUUGGAAUAAGUCAAGGAGACGUGAGCGUUACUCAUGGAUACAUUGAUAUGGGAACGGAAAUGUCUGCAAAUAUUGAAGCCUCGCUUUCUACUUUUUCCGAAACUGGAAAUAUAUACUACAUCGCUGUAAAAGCUGAAAAUGGUGCAGGCAUUCUAUCAUCGCCAGUGUAUUCAAAAGGAAUACAAGUAUUAAAGGAGAAUGUACCAGGAAUUAUUUAUGAUGGUAGAGAGCCGCUGACUGAUGAAGAUAUUACCAAUGACAGAUUCAGUAUUGCAAUGCAUUUCAAAGGCUUUUCAAGUGAAUCGUGUAACAUUAUUAAAUAUGAAUGGGCAGUUGGAUCAAAGCCAUAUUAUUCCGAUAUAAAUGAUUAUACAGAGUACGGCAUCGUACACAAUGAUACCCAUGGCAAAGCACAAACUCAUGUUCCAUUGAAAGAAAAUUCAACAUACCAUGUGACGGUUAGAGCGAGAACUGGACAUAACUGUCAUGAAGAGUACAUUGUAUCAACAUCUGAUGGAAUUACCACGGAUUUCAGUCCUCCAAACAUUUCAAAUAUAGUACCAAAAGAUGACGAAGGUCAUUUCUAUGAUUCUGAAUCUCCAUGCAUGUAUCAGUCGUACAUCGAUUCAUUUGAGUACACAUGGAAUGUCAUUGAUCAGUCUGCAUUACAGUAUGAAAAUUUCUCCAUUGGGUCGACCCCGUAUACAGAUGAUAUCCUUCCUUCGUCUAUUUCCUCAGAGUCGAAAAUUCCACCAGGACUUUUAUCGCCAAAGGCUGGAAGAACAUAUUUUGUGAAUGUGUAUGCCAUGGAUAAUAUUGGGCUUCACUCUUCCGUAACUUCAAUGCCUAUUGUUGCAGAUAUUUCACCCCCAAUUAUUCAGAAUUUCGUUUGUACAGAAAUCAUAUCUACAAAACAAUCCUCAAUAACGUGUUCAUGGGUUGUCAUAGAAGAGGAAAGCAAACUGAAACAAGUAAAUAUUCGUGUUGGAUCUCAAGAAUUAUUAGAUGACAUUAUUCAGAACGUAACUCUACCUACAUAUCAGAGCAAAUGGACAAUAGAUGUGAAGGGAUAUCUUAAACUACACGACAUUUCUAAUAUUUAUGUAGCUCUUAGUGCCACAAAUGUGAUAGAUCUCUCUCAUACAAAAUUUAUCAAAAUUCAAAUCGACUCAACACCACCAGUGAUAGGAAUGGUUGAAUUCGUUACUUGGACAAACCCUGAUAAUGAACGUGUCAAACAGUUUUGCCAACUGCCCUGGACUUAUGUAGAUGUAAAUGUUUCUGUGGUCAAAGACCAAGAGUCCGAUAUAGAUAGGACCGAGAUCUGUCUAGGUAGUCAGCCAGCACUCGCCGAUAUUAAAGUAUAUCAAAUUAUGGCAAGCACUUAUACAACAAUUGAUGAUAUUUACGUGUCGGCUGGUACAAAGAUUUACGCCACUGUUAGAGCAUAUAACAAAGUAGGACUCCAUAGUGUCUCAACAUCAGAUGCCAUAAUAGUCAGCCCAGAUCCCGCAAUUGAUGUUAUUGACGGCAAUGGAGACAUAGAUGCCGACUACCAGGCAAAUCUUAAUGUAAUUCAAGGUUCUUACAGAUAUUCUGAUAAUUGCCCUAUCAUAAGGGUUGAAUGGUCAGUAGAGGAAUUAAGUGGAGAGAUCAUCCAAGACUUCAUUAAUGUACCUGAGAAUGGUUUUGUCUUCUACAACGACCAGCUGAAUUUGAAAAAUAAUUACCUGUACUUUGUUAAGGUUAGAUUGACGGACGCCCUGAAUCGCACAAAAAUAGGAAUGUCGGAUGGUAUUUCCAUUAGAAUUCAGCCCCCAUUAUCCGGACUAGUCAGGGAUGGGUCCGGUUCAGAGGAUAUAAAGUAUCAAGAGCCCCUAACAGAGCUUUCAGCGAAUUGGGAUGUGUUUGGCGAUGAGAGAUCUGGAGAUCCCACUCAGAAAAUUGACCACUAUGAGGUUUCUAUCGGGGACGACACGAGGGAUCACAUUACACGGACUAACAUUCAUUACUUCACGAAAGUUGGUUUAAAUACAAGUUACACUUUCCCUGGCUUAAACCUGACUGCAAAAAGUGUACGCUAUUACAUUACAGUUAGGGCUUACAGUAUUACAGGGGCUUACGUAGAAAACUAUUCGAAUGGUGUUCGAGUUGGAUACCGUCCAGACAUCAUCACGGGAUCUGUAGAAUCAAAUAAAGUACAAUCCAGUACCAGUGAAAUUUCUGUAUCGUGGAGUGGAUUUGAAUCUGAUAUAGGAAUAAAAGAAUACCGCAUAGCAGUGUCUACUGCACCAGUCAUAAAUAGCAAUCUGACGUACCCUUGUUCCAACAUUCAAAAUGUUUCUCAUCAGUUUGAUGUACUCCCACCAAAGGCGAUUGGGCUAGAUACCUUCCAAAAUCUUCAAAAUCUAUCGCUAAACCAUGGAAUGUCUUACUUUAUAACUGUCAUCGCUAGUGACGAAAUUGGAAAAUGUUCUUCAUCUGAAAGCCAUCCUAUACUUGUUGAUACUACGUCACCCGAUGUAAGUCGCGUAACCUUCAUGGUAAAUGAAUGGAAUGUAACAGGAAGAGAUAAAUUCUUUGUAAAUGAUCCCGAUCGCAUAGACAUAAAACUUCUUGAUGUAAAGGACCCCGAGAGUGGAAUCAAUGUUGUCACUUUUCGUUUGUAUAAAUAUUUAGAUUGCCCAGCUUCUAACUUUCAGUUCUCAUAUGUUGAGAAAGAAAUUCUUGCUAAAAAUGAACCGAAAGUAAGCUUUACAAACUCAGAUUUAGAAUCUCGUAGAUAUUAUUACAUUGAUGUAACAGCAAGUAACAACGCUGGACUUGACGCAAACUUGAAGAGUCCGGUGAUGCUAUUAGACACUGGUUCCCCACAUGCUGGGUCGGCGAAAUUUGGGACAGACUGGACACAGUCUAUAUCAUAUCAAUAUUCAACUUCAAAGAUCACAGCGUGGACUGCCAUUGCAAGAACAGAAGAUGCAUAUGAAUGUGAUAAUACGAAGACUUUCUUCCCAUCUGAUGAAGAUUCAGCGUGGACACUUUUAUCUGGAGACUUCUCAGAAGAAAACGUGUUGAAAGAUAAAUAUAGCUUUGUUCUCAAAAUUGGGUACAAUAUUCCCCUCACAAAGGUAUUGAAAAGUGGAAUUUCACGCCCGAGCGGAGCUUUGCAAGAAGGAAAAUAUUCAAGUGUUUUAUCAACGGCAAAGGGAAUCAACAUAUCCACUUCAUUAAUCGUAUCAACCUCAAAGAAAAAUCCUUACUUUCCCGUAAGAUUUACACGUCCACAACCAAGAAACUUUAAUGAAGUCAACUUCAGUAUUUCCGAUACCGGAUCGGUAAACGAAAAUAUUUCACUAUCUUCCAAUACCACGGACAUCAUGACAUCAACAAUGAGUAGUUUUACUUCUCCCGUCGCAGUUGUUGUUAAUGUGAGUGGACCUUCAUACGAGAAAAUCAACACGGAUGAUUCCCAUGGAUUUGGAUUUCAAGUAUUAGGUGAUCAGCAAAGCGACAAAAAAGUUUGGGACUGUUUGUUUUGGGCCAAAGAUAGUACCGAAGAAGUUCAUCGAUGGGUCGAAUUACAGAAUGACCCAUCUGAUAAAAGGUUAGAAUACACUAUUCUUACGAAGAAAAGAAAAUCUGGUGAGAAAACUAUCUGGGAUUUGGAAUUUUCAGUUGACGGAGAUGCAAAGGCUAAGAUUUACGGUCUGUCAUUUGAUACUACAGACCUCAACAUCUACGUCCAAACUUGGAAUCUUGGAAAUUAUGAAGAGCCAAUAACUGACCCAAUACAUCCGUUUCGUUCUCAAGCAGUGUUAUCCAAAUUGAAAAUUCCUACCAAUGAAACUAUGGAUUGCAUAUAUGGUAAAGGAUUUUAUGACGGUAACAGUGGGAUUGCAGAAAUAUGGGUAGGACUGUCGGACAAUAUCGAAAGUUUCGGAAAUGUUAGAAAAAUGGAACUGUAUAAAAGGAUGUGCACACCGUGCUUAUUUAACUGCAAGUUUAGUUGCGACGCAAACUGCUCUCUGAUCGACGGUAGUUUAUUAGAGUUUGAGAAAAUCCCCAUAAAUGUGAAUAGUUUAGAUUUAAAACCUACAACUGUAUCCAACGAUGGACUGAAUGCGAGUGUCAAGGCAGAAGUUCUUAACAUUACAGAAUAUUUUGUAAUUGUUAAAAUGGUGAACUUUGCUGGACAGUCAAUUUCAACCUUUUCGAACCCAAUUACAAUCGAUACAACACCACCUGUUUGUGAAUUUAUUCGAUGUUUGGAUCCCACCAUUACUGGGAUGGACACUCCAACAGAUAGACUGGGUUCUAAUAAAACAAUCGGUGCAUACUGGUUAUGUGAGGAUAAUAUAAGUGGAAUUAAGAAAAUGUACAUUAAGGUUGGAACAGAUAAAAAUGACAUUGGCAACAAGGAAGACGAAAACUUGAUUCCGCGAAAGGAUAUAGGAACUGUGUCUGAAAAACGAAUAGAUCUAGAUGAUAAUAUUUAUUUUGAAGAUAGAAAAACAUACUUUGUCAAUCUUGAAAUCUAUAAUAACGCAGGCCUUUCAACGACGUAUAGUUGUAAUGUUUCAACAAUACUAACACCACCAGAUGUAUCAGAUAUAGAUUCGAAAAUAUUGUAUUCAUCGAAUGUCGAUGCAGCAACAAGAACUGUUUAUGUGAACUCUUUGGACCGAUUUGGAAUCAACUGGAAAAACAAGAAUAAUGAUACAGAAUAUUACAAGUGGCAAAUGGGGACAUACAAAGGCGGUGCAGAUAUAAUACCACCAACCACAAUUGGUCUUACAGCGGAAGGAACAGCAGAAGUAAUCGGCGGUGAAUUAUGGUUAAAUGGGAACAAAACUGGCAAAUCUUUGGCCGCUCUCACUCCAAAUACCUGGAAAAACGCCACAGCCUCGGAUAUAAACAAAGCAGAAAGUGACUUCCGUUUUCUUAUGGAACCCGGGCGAUGCGUGUUUCUCUCUCUCAUUGCUGUUGGAUACUCCAGCUUGGAGGCGAAUAUUUCUUCUCAGCGAAUAUGCUUUGAGCGAAUAGAUGGGGACUUGAUAUUGAAUAGUCAUCAUAAUGUCACAACAGUUGCAUGGGUAUCAGAAAACCGAUUUGAGGAAGUAUCAGACGUAAAUGGAAACGAAGAUGUGGUUAUAAACAUCACAGGUCAAGUCAGUGGUCUUUCACUGGGUGUUUUAAGCAGUUCGGACCUGAUAGCAGAGUAUGGAUCGGCAUCAUCAUAUGAAUUUAGAUCUUAUAUUGUUAAUCCAAAUAUCACCAACUGGGUAUCAACACGGGAAAUUCGAAAUAGAAUUGUGAAGCCUCUUGGAGUGAACUUUUUUAUUUCACCUACAACAACGACCGAUGUCGACUCUAUAGAAGUUUACAUUAAAGUAAACCCUGACGAUUUCGAUAAUUUCACAGUACCUGCUCUUCUUAUUUGGGAUAGUUACACUUUUGACCCGAAGACGGAAGCAUAUGGUAUAUGGAGACACGUGGAGGAAGAAUGUGGGCUAGACAUAAAAUUCCCGACCAUAGAGGGAAAUAUGUACAAAGUGAAGAUAUGCCGAAAUACCUUUCAAAAGUCCUCGUCAAGAAGUAAAAGAUCUACUGUAGUAUCAAUGACAAACCCUUACCAAUACACAUUGACAGUCAUGAACACGUCCUUCUACAACUCCCCACCGGAGAUAGAUAUCGAUACUGUUAUGACAUCGGAGGACACGUCGAUUAUUGAUUUUCAAAUACCUUAUCAUGAUGAUGAUCUGGAUUAUGUUCAGUUUUAUCUUCUAAAAACACCAGAAAUGGGUUUCGCAAAUCUUACAUUGAAUGGUAAUUUGACGUAUCGCCCUAAGGCGAAUUUUUUCGGAAAUGACAGCAUUACGAUGUCAUUGACAGAUAGUGCUAAAAAUCCUGCGGUCGUAGAAAAAACCCUUAGAAUUGAAGUCACAGAGGUGAACGACAUGCCAGUGUUUGGUUUUCUAUACAAUGACUCUUCAUAUGAUGUACUGAGAAAUAAAAGUUUAACACUCAUUUUUGAAGGGAAUAAAACAUCUCAUUAUCUGUUUGACUUCGGAUUCGCGGAUGUUGACGAAAGCGAAACCCUGUCUUUCCUUUCAAGCGUAACUAACACAUAUGACGUCAAUAUAACAACAACGCCAUCUGAUGCUCCUUUGUUUCUUAAUAAAACGUUCGGGCACAUGGAGAUAAGGACACAGCAAGAAUAUUCAGCAGACAUGAUCAUCAACAAAAAAUUCCAUGGCGAUUUCUUUUACUAUAUCUUGGGAUUUGACAGUCACAACUAUUACACUGAGCGUUUGGAAAUCCAUAUCUUUAUUCUAUGGUCUCCUUGUGUCCAUGGCUUCUGUUCCCCUAAAUUCAAUGACUCUCUACCAUGUGAGGAUACUUCACGAUCUGCAUCAUUUGAUUCCUACAAGUGUAUAUGUUACCCAGGAUACCAGGGUGUAUGGUGUGAAAAUGAAAUUAAUGAAUGUCUACAACAACCUUGUGGUGACCUCUAUAACUGUGAAGACAAAAUCAACAGUUACGGCUGCGUCAUUAAACCUGAGGCCCUUGCCUGUCUUAUAGUAGCUGGACUACUAUUAAUAAUUCUUGUUGUCAUUUCAUAUCGAUGCUUUAGAGGCGAAACGAAAAGCUACAGGGUUACAUCCCCUUCUCCACAUGACGAUACAUUUUAUGAAUUUGAUGAUGAAAUUCCAGUUGAUAUCGGAAACCUCCCACCCCUUGCCACCCAGCAUCAAUUUGACAAUCCAAGAAAUAAAGGGGGAUUAUCUCGAAGCGUUACGAACACGGAACCUGAACCACCCAGAAGUCAAAAAGAAAAUCACUGGGUAGACGAAGACAAACCAUUGUAUAGAAAAUUAUUGCAACGCGUCAAGAAACCAAUUUGGAAAGUUCCACAGUGGGAUCCAUUUGUCUAUGAAAAUGAUGCUUACUCGACCGAUUUAAUCGAUAUGGAUUCCUCCGAUGAUGAACUCAGUGGAACAACUAAAAAAACAUUAGAAAUCGGAAUGUCGGAAGUAAAUGAAACACCUACCAAAUCUAACCUUGAAAAGAAGUUACUACAGCAACAGGUAUAUAGCAAAGAGUUAUUUGCUAACGUAGAAAGUCACAGAAAUAUUGAUGUCAGCACAUCUUGUCCUGUCGGUAAUGGUUAUGCUGACGACUUUUCUUCAGAGAAAUUUCAGAGUUCGAAUAAGUUAAAAAUUAGAGAAAAACCCAUGCAAUCCCAAUCUAGAGAAUUCGAGAAGGCACCUAUCCUAGACUUUACUAGCACAGCACCUAUUUACCAUGGUGAAAAAAUCGAUAAGUGCUAUUCAGAUGACGGAACCAAACUCAUGAAAAUAGCCCCGUCUUCAAAUUUUGUAAAGCACUUUGCCUCGAAAAAACACGAUGUCAGUAAUCAGCGUCCACCAUUAUCCACUAUUCUAAGAGUAAAGUCGACAGAGUAUCCAUCCCGUGUACAGUCAUGUCCGGAUGAAGAAAUUGAUAGAAAUAUGACGGUCACACCAGUGGGUAACUCUACAGAGGACGACUUUAACCCUCUCUCAAUCUGAGAGUUGUUGGAUUUCAAUGUAUAAUUUCAAUUUCAGAUUGUUUAUCCCCACAUUCCCUGAUACUUUCAUUAUCAGUUUCGUUACGUCUUAUUUGAAAAUUUUCAUUAUUAGAUAUAGUUCACUGAGGUGUAAAUAGAAUUGUGUUUCAUAUAUAUAUAUAUAUAUAUAUAUAUAUAUAGUCAGAGCCGAUAAUGGGCAAGAAGAGAGCUACGUAGGACUAGCAGACACCGAGUUCAAAUUAAGAUACGCCAACUAUACGCAUUCAUUCCGUAUUCCCACGAAAAAGAAUACCACCGAGCUCAGCAAAUUCAUAUGGACAUUGAAAUAUAGAAAUAUUGAGUACAGAUUCACGUGGGAAAUUUUAGGAAAAACAUCAUCAUACUCAAACAUAUUUCGAAAAAGUGCAACCCAUGUAUUCUAAAGAAAAUCUUUAUAUGUCAUCCCGAACAAUCUUCAUUGAAUAAGCGUUGAGAACUUGUCAGUACUUUUAGCAACUAUCCAGUAUGUUUAUGUGUAACAUGUACUCAGUCAUGUAGGUGUUUUUCCUUAGGUGUCAUUUUUCUCCUGACGAGUGAGGGGAAACUAUCCCCUUAGUUUAACCUGUAGAGAAAUAAAUGAUAUCAUGUGAUUGAAGUCCAUCUGAUCAAUAUAUAUAUAUAUAUAUAUAUAUAUAUAUGCAUGCAGCUGUUUCAUGAAUAUAUAGCUAACUUACUGCUAUCAUUAUAUAUCAAGUAUAUUAAAACUGCUUUUAACAAAUACUUCCUAGUUUGUUCUCUUUGUAGAUUUUGUUAAUCAAUUCCUAUUUGCCAGAAACUAGGCAGGGAAAAGGUUAAAACUACCUAUACCUAUUUCAAAUAAGUAUUAAUACAGUGCGACAAUGUUUUAAAACAUUUACAUUUGUGAAACAAAACUUUAUAAUAUUUCAUUUCUGGUCUCUAAAUUCGAAGACCAAUCAACUGUCUUCUUCCCUUUAUUUGGAAUCAAUGCACGGAAUGAUAUCUCCCUCUUCCAACACGAAUUUCAAGUCAUUUACUAGGACACAACACUCCUUGCCGGUCAUAUUCGAGACGACUUCAUCAUUAUAACGAAAGGUAAAGAUAACGAACAGUGAUCAGUCUGAUAACUCCUAUAAGCAAUACAAAUUAGAGAGUUGGGCAAACACGGAACCCUGGACACACCAGAGGUGGGGUCAGGUGUCUAGGAGGAGUAAGCAUUCCCUGACGACCGGUCACACGCGACGUGAGCCCUAUAUCUUGAUCAGGUAAACGGAGUUAUCCGUAGUAAAAAAUCAAUGUGCCAAGAACGGUCUAACAAUCGGUAUGAAACACGUAAGACAGCAUUUGACCCAAUGAUAGGUUGUAUUGGCAGACAAGAGCGUUAUAACGACCAUAAAAUUGCGAAAUGCUUACCUUAAAUGAGACUGUUGAAACCUCUGCGCCAUCAACUUGUUUGUCAGUAGCCUGCUUGAUGUUUUAGAGAAUCCGGUUUACCAACAAAUAUGGUCCAAAUUAAAUAACCUUGCAGUGUAAUUGUAGUCUCUCUGUUGUGUGUUUAUUAGGGCCCCACAUGAAAUAGGGGAAACCCUAUAGUAAUCACAUUGUCCGUCCGUCCGUAAACACUUUCUUUGUGACAUGAUAACUUAGUUUUUAUCGCACAGUUUUCAAAUUUUGUACAGAAAUAAUUUACAAUAAGAGGAAGAAGCCUAUAGAUUUUGGGGUCAUUUAACUUUUUCUGUCUGUCUGUAUGGCAUGGUAUCUAUUAUUAUGAACACUCUCUUUGUGACACACAAUAACUCAAACAGUUUCCAUUGUACAGUUUUCAAAUUCUGUACAGAAAUACUUUCCACUAAGAGAAAGACACUUAUAGAUGUUGGGAUCAAUUCACUUUGUCUGUCUGUCUGUCUGUCUGUAUGACAUUAUCUUUGUUAUUAUGAACACUUUCUUUGUGACACGACAACUCCAACAGUUUUCAUUGUACAGUUUUCAAAUUUUGAACAGAAAUACUUUACAAUAAGAGGAAGACACCAAUAGAUUUUGGAGUCAUGUCACUUUGUCUGUCUGUAUGCAUGUCAUCAUCUUUCUUAUUAUGACCGUAUCUAUUUACCACUGCCUAAGGGAGAUAAUUCAAUUUGAAUU